AUGCUUUCGGAGACCUACUUUCAGCGGCUACACCCGGGCCCCCGUUUCUCGGCGGAGUUGCGUGGUCCCGAGAGCCGGCCGACGAGACUCCGGAACGGACGCAGGAUUCAUUCACACCUUCCAGAGGUCAUGCGACCAGCUGCUGCAGCGCUAUGA